CAAAUGCUAUGCAUUCAUUUGAGGUUAGCCGGGAAAGCACAGCGGCAGCUCGUGGUAGCUGAAUAGUUCCAAUCUACUUUGUAUUGUCUUAUUUUUGGACCAGAAUGUUGUGCCCAGAAAUAUGGAAGUUUCCUACCCCAGCGUGCAAGAUUACACACAUCGAGAAGCCGAACUGGUGUCAGAAAACGUGCCAGCAGCGAACGGAAAUCCUUGCCCUACUACAGCCGAUUCGCAUGAUUUCAGUUGUGAUACCUGCGAAUAAGCCGAACUGCCUCCGUGAAUUGGAAAGCAACCUAUCCGUGAACAGCAGCCUACUCUUUCGCGUACGGCAAUUGCCCUUGAUAGAGUUACUGAAAAAUGAGUUCGUGGAGGCAUUUGUUAAACGAGGCACUUUAUAUGCGGUUAGCACCAACAUUAACUUGGAAUCUGGCGGCUGCCUUGUAAUUACACCGCAGGGAGAAUUGGAAAUGAGUCUCAGUCGAGAAACAUAUCAGAUGGUGAAAGGCAAUCUUGAUGAUAGUGUUAUUUCGAAAAGAGGAGAUAUGGUCGUAAUCAAGUUGGAUUUGAAGUCACCAAAAUGUAGAGAGCAGCUGGGGCAUGUCAACCUUGCAUUCGAUAUAACGCUACGAUGGAUUCCUCCGAAAAGUACGACUACCAAGGAGAACAAUGUACCCGAUCCACAAGUGCACGGUAGCUCGAUUGCCGAAUAUCUGCGAGCAGUGUGCCGACUGCAGGUUGAAAAUGUGCCCGAUGGUUAUAAAAAGAUAACACGAACCGAGGAAUGCAUUCCCCUGAUCGACACCAGGAACCCAUUUAAGGACGGUGAGCAAGCAUACAUUAGACAAGACCAACUGUUAGAGUACAUAGGUGUACUUGCACUGGACUGUAACGCGGCUCCGAUCGAAUAUGUUAGUAGUUACAGGCUCGACGAGUGCAAGAAAAAAACAGACACCGUUACAAUAUUGCAUCGCCAGGGUGUGAUAACGCCGGAGGAGGCAGACGGCAGUAUCAUGCGGUUAGUGGAGUUAGUUGGUGAGUGUGAUACUAUUCCGUGGGUGGGAAUGCAUGUUCAAGGCUUCUCCUAUACCCCAGUGGACCUUAUCUAUCGCGGUGAUCAGGGAGUGUCUUUGAAUCAGGACAGUGCUUAUACGAUGGUGAUUACGAAACAAAGCAUAUUCUGGAGCAAAUGUAUAUGAUACAGUAUGUCUCUGAGUUGCGCGAUUUUCCAAAUUUGACUGAUCAAAUUGUCAAAUCAGUACAAUUUGCUUCAAGAAUUGCCCUAUGUAGUGUUAAACAUUAAAUUUUAGCUAGAACAUUUAAUUCGCUUAAAAGAAAGAUCAGAAUUUUCUACACGAAUUGUGAAAUUUAAAUGAUAAGGUGUAUAAUAGUACUGAUUUCAAACCAAAAAUACCGAGCAAACGAAUGUAUUUUAGCUGAAAAACGUGAAAUUUGACACACAUGGAUAUUUGAGUUACGCGGAUUCCUUGCCCUGACUGUUUUGUGUCUAACUAAGCCUGAGCAUGCCUAAUUCUAAUUGCUGAAUUGCUAAAGACGUCGAAAGGCGACUGCGAUCGUGGGAUCGGUCUGGUUCUCACGGCAGCUCGGUCACGUUGGUACCACGCAUGCCCUGGUGUCUCGUUUCGUACGCUGCAGUCCGGUGUCAUCCGAUGCUCCGCACGCCGUGUUGUCUGCGCGCUGCAGUCCAGUGUCAUUCGAUGCUCUGCAAUGCAAGCAGGAUUCGUCUGGUUGGUAUGGCAGGUGCAUUGGUGCUAACUGACUGUACAGCUUGUCCAACAAAGUGUCUGUUUCUAUCUUCUUCUUCUCAUUUCCGUAACGAAGUAGCUGUAUAAUCUUUCUUAUAGUAUGAUUGUUCUUUAUCUGCAAUUUGCAAAUAGGCAUCAUUUGAUCGUCUAUUCUCCGAGCAUUCGAGUGUCCGAAAGUUGGUGACAAAGUUUCGUAUGAAAAAAAAAAAAAAAAUGGAAGAGUUGUGUAUUCAAACUGCAAACCUGCAAACCGCUGCUACUACUGUUUUAGAAGCCGUUUCUACAUUUUUGAACCUAUCUAAAUAGUCAUCAACAUAAUGAUGUUAAUAAUAGCGAAUAAUAGAAGCUAAAAAUCAUUAUUUUAAGUAGGUACUGUAUCUACGAAUUCCAAGGCGUGAAUUUAAGGAUAUUCCUUCAUUGAUUGUUGCUGCGUCGAAAACCAAUCUUGGUUUUGGAUGAGGUUUAUUGUAGUUUACUACCGAAAAGAGUGGUAUAUAAUUAAAAUUUUCGUUUAAUUCAAGAGACUCUUUCGGAGUUGCUUUCCGAGCAUAGCUUUUUUGAAUGUAGGAUUUUAUUUCAUUAUCAUACCAAGUUUUAAGUGCAUGCAUUCUUCAUUUAUGCGUUGGUGUUUUGCCUGUCGACGUGAGGCCUGUUGCCUAACUUCUACAUAUUUUGCUCGGAGGGGAGGUUGGAUCAUCAAUCCCAUGAGGACCCGACCAGCUCGAGCAUUUCAUCGCCUCAUUUUGGUCCUUGGUUGGACAGGCGUCUGUAAUGUGUUGACCCGCCCAACGAGCGCAACAUGGUUGGAUGUUGCAGUGGCGCGUACCAUGGCCGAAGUCUUGGCAUCGAUGGCAUUGCGUUGGACCCUUCUUACCUCCACGAUAUGCCUCCCACCGUAUGAUGACUUGCUGUAUGGUUCGGGCCGCCUCUAGCUUUUUCAGGGAGCAAAUCCCACGUUUGAAGUGUACUAGAUACAAUCUGGAGUGUAUUGUAUCGAUGCGCUGUUUAAUUUCCAAGUCCUUCAAAACUUCGAGUUGGUAGCGUCCCCGAAGUUCCUCCACUAUUUCGGAGAUAUCAAUUUCUGGGAGUCCGCGCAGCACAGCCUUGAACAGGGUGGUCUUGUUUCGCAUCAUGGCUUAAAAAUUCCGCUUUUUGCUCAUGCAUGUAUUUUACUACGCCAUCAUAUUCAGCCCUGGAGCGAGUGACAAUGGAUGUGCCAAUGCCGCUGAGUCGGAAUUGGGGCGUGAAUCCUCGUGACUGUAACUCCGGUCGAAGUUCAGCGACAGGUAUUGUUUUAACCACAAUUGGUGGCGGCUUGAAAGUCGACUCCGAAGUCGGAUUUACUUUUCGACCUGCCAGCGGUGUGGCAGGUGCUGCGGGUGGGUUAGCCGGCGGACCGGCGGAUGUUUUUCGUGUAGACAACUGACGAGCGGAGCCUUUCUUUCGAUUUACUAUGGUAAAUUCCUGGGAAAUUUCCUCCUGUUCCAUGGUGUCGGAGGAGCUGGUAUCGUUGAUGCUAUCGUUUUCAUUAGACAACCUUUGUGCUAAUGCAUCGUUAUCGGCAGUCGGGCAUACACGCCGCACGGAGCGUUUCGAUAUGCCCGAGUCCGAAUCACUAUCACUAUAAUUGUUUCUUCCACAGAGAAGAGGCAGAGAACCGCGCGCGACAAAACGAAAACUGGUUUUGCGAGAGAUUAUUCGGGAGCACAAAAGCACAAAAGGUGUCUACUCUUUUUAACUAGCGUUGUUAAUAUUUCAUCUUUAAUAGACGAUUCGUACUUCCGUAGAAGUUCUUGUAUUCCGUCGUACAUUUCCUUAGUAUUAUCCCUUUAUGUUGUUAAUGCGCAGAGCCUAUAACAUUUGUUCUGCUGGGCGGUUAUAAUUUUGCAUAUUUUGUUGAGGGAAUGGUCUAGGUUAAGCAAAUUGUUUUUGUUGGUUUAGCAUCAUUUGAGGUCUAUUUAUGGGUUGACAUUGUCUUGGUGGCAAUGGGAUAAGAUACCGAGGUGUUGUUGGCAUAUGCUACUGAAUGUUAUGAUGCUACUAACACAUCCUUCUAUCAUUUCAUUUCUAUUGCAAAAUAAGCCACAAUUGUUGCAUUCCAGCUUUGAAAUGACCCACCCAAGCUCAGAACCGCAUCGCAUCCUUUUCCCAUGGUUUUGAUUUCAUGACCGUUGUAGUCCAAAGUACAAUUACCUUCAUAAUCGACAUACAUGAUUCCUUCAUCUACACUAACUUUACUUCUCCCUCCCUAGUUUGUUAAAGUUUGACCAAACUUUCGACAUCGUUUAUCCAACUGUUUAGUUCACUCGGAUCUCCGGUAAAACAUGGUAGAUCUUUUACCAAGUCGGGUGAACUUUGCUCAAAAGUUUCAGGAUUUACACUGGAAGCAUCUAGUUUUGUGAAAUAAAGGAGUGUGUCGCUGUAAUCUAUACCUGUGACUGGUUGAACAACAUUGCUUUCUAACGCCGAGAGACGUGUUCGGAUGGCAUCUAAUUCUGGCUCCGACAUGUUAAUGUUAAUGUGGCUUGCCGGCCACGUUGCCCGCUUCCAGUGGAGUUCCUGUUGGAACCAGACUCCGCGCGUGGAGCGACAUCAACGGCUCGCUUGGGACCGUUUGCUUACUUAGCACCUGUGCACUUAUCUAUAUAGUAAUUGUCGCGCGCACGAAAGUGUCUUUCGGAGCAGCAGCUUAAGACAGGCACAGUACACGCCGACUUAAGCACAAUAAUAAACACACCAACUGGCUCUUGGCAAAUAAAUGGCUUCAUUAAUUUAUUCAAUUGAUUUCAUACUCUAAAAAUGCUGACCGUCGUCGAUCAGCAUAUUCUUCUGAAUCUAUUCUUCUUAGCCUAAUUUUCCUUUUAAUCGUUAAACCAGCGCGCAUCGCUGGCGCGUUGCAUAACGUAGCUAGUCAGCAUUUAUUGACCUAGCAAUGCUUUGUUUUUUAAGCCUAAAUUGUCGUCAGCGACAGUAAUUGAAUGGGUUUCUACGGAUGUUGAAUGCUCUAUGACCUUGGCUAAAAGCUAACUCCUUGAUUUUGUUUUUAAACUGUCGUUUAAAGUGCUGUUUAUUAUUCUUAAGUCAUUAGCAGCUGGUUUCCCUGCUAUAUACUUCCAAACAGUACCAACGGAAUCCCACCGUUUAAAUCGAUUGACUGGAGGGAGCUUUCUAAGGAGGGUAUUCAAAUGUUCUAAUUGAUUUUUAAUUAUCGGUGUAAACUGACUUGGAACUAUUUUAUCGAAAUUGUACCUUAUUGUCUGAAUAUUAUUGAAUAUUUUGUAUGUGGUGAUAUUGAAAUGAUGAACAUAAUGAUAACUAUAAUUUUCAAUUAUUGCAGGCCCCACAUCAAUUCCUAUUAUCGGAUGGUUUACCUUGUCUAUAGAUAUAUAUAUUGUCCGUUGAGGUAACAUAAUGAAAGAAGUAAAAGUAAUGUUAAGCUGAUUUCCAUCGAUGACCUUCUCAGCGGGGGAAAGUUGGGCAGCUACGGCAGGGUUUCCUUUUUAUUACUUCUAACUACUGGGGGCUUGCUGGCAGCAAUCGGGUAUUUCGACCACAGUGUCCCAAAGUUCACUUUCUCUCGAUAGUGACUCCUUCGAUCACAGAUUUAACCACUGUUAAAUUUUUAGGAUUUUUUUUUAUUGUGGGGUAUUGCACAUUUUUCUUGGUUUACUGUUGCAACAUGACUAUUAACGAGUGCUGAGUAUCUGAAAAAAUGGCAUACGCCUGCCGCGGAAGCAUUCUAGCUUUCUUGAACUCGCUCAUCGCUGUACUUAGCUCUUGCUCGAUGGUUGGGUUUAUUCUCAGCUGCUUUUGGAUAGCUUCAGUCCGAAGUCUUUAGCGUAAUGAAAGACAUUUUUCAUCAAACCAUUUUUUUCGUUUUUGAUCUUUAAAUGUUUUGCGUGCUUGCUCUUAGAUUCACUGCACGGAUUGCUUGCCUUCUCAUUGCUGCCUUGUACUAUUUCCAGAGUAUUAUAAUAAGCUUGACGACAACGAGUGCAAGUAUUAACCAGAGCUUCCAAUCAUGCUCUUCGUGAUCAAGGCUGUGUUUUUCAAGGGUGUUUAUUACGUUAUCUUGGGCAUCACCUGUUACGGCGGUGUGCCUGUUGGUAACACCGACAAAUUUUUAACGUCAAGGAACCGUUUUCUGACACUAUCACUGUUUUUGAUUUCAUCACAGUGUUUCUACAUUGAUGUAAAAGUUUAUUGCCAUACUUAUUUCUUGGAUGAUGUCCAUAUUAGCUUCUUCUAUAUUAAAAUCUGAUAAAUACCGUUGCCACCGCUCUUUUUCACUCGCGUCACUUAUUUCACUGAUUCUUACCAGUAGUUCGUUUAACUGGUUCUCCAUUUCUGGGUGCGCCAUUUUCAUAAACUAUCUUUUUACAUGUCGUUUUGUUCAUUGCUGUUUGUUUUUUUGAUUUCGUUUUUUUAAAUAUAAUUAUUAUUAUCAUUCUUCUAUUGCCAUGUUAUUUGCGUUACCUUUGAUCAAUUUAACAACACUUGACCACAGUAAGUGAGCUCGCACUAGAUGGUGUUGCACUUCUAGUGCCAAGUUAUUUUCCAUGGAGCGUACUAGGAUUGAAAUCGCGGUAUCAUGGAGCUCCUCUUUAAUAUCCUCUUCGAGCUGUGAAUUAUCAAUUCUAUUCUGUACGAUGUAAAGUACCCAAUUGAUACUUUUCACUAGAUCUGCCUCGAUAGAGUCACUCAUUAUGCACUUUUAAUUCACUAGUAGUAUUGUCGCAAGUAUUUUAGUAUUGUCUACUUGCAAUUCGGUGUCCAUCGGCAAUUUGAUCGGUCUGCGACUAUCGUGAGAACGAGCCGAUCGGAUGCCAGGAUGCUGGACAGUAGUAGUGCGAUAACCAUGCAGAUUUUCAUUUUACUUCAGUUCUUUGCUUUAAAUGGGGUUGAUUCUGUGUUAGUUUAAGGCACUUUUAAUGGGUUUUGUCAACCUUUUAAUGAAGCACCUAUUUACUGCUGUGUUAGUUGGUGUAACAGCAGCCGGUAAUUGAACAACUCCUAUCUUAGUUGUUGAUGGUAUUGUAGUCAUUAAAGUGACCAUUUCAGAUUCCUGAAUCUUGCUUGUCUUUAUGUUUAAUUUAAUAACCACUUCCCACACCUAUUCCUUUUCAUGAUUUCUUAAUUCUGCUUUGUAAAAAUUACAAGCUUGACCUGCAUAGAUUUUGCACCAAAUUCCUGUCACCCUAGAACAACCACUGAUGCCAGCCUUAGAAUCAUCUAUGUAUGCAAUUGGAACCAUUACCAUUGGUUGUGACUUUCUCACAAACAUCAUCGAUGCAAUCUCCUGCAGACCUGCAUCUAAAUAGAUUGAAGAAAUUGAAGUCUGGGUCGAGGGUGAAGUAUUAAAGUGUUCUUUCAACAUUUUUGUCUAACAGCAACUGUCUUGAUUUUAAUAACCUGAACAAUGACAUCGUUUUGAUCUCUGAUGCUAAAACAGCUUUCUUCCCCUAAUCCUGACACUGGAACAUCUACUAUAGUGUUUAUUUUACAUGAUACUAAUCCCACAGCUGAAGUCACGCAAGACAUCUGUUUCGUGCUUAUUCCUGCCAGUGUUAUCACAGGCAGACGCUCCUGUUAAUGAUAAAAUUAUAUAAAGCCGCACUAUCAUGCUAAAUCCUGAGGGCUUGGACAAUGGCACAUCUUCUAACUCUAUUGUUUGAUCAGCAUAAACAUCAAGGCUUCUUUUGAUUUUUUUCAAUUUCUUUUUUGAUUUCUUAGUGCUCCUUACUAUACAGGCUCGGCAAAGCCUAUAAAUAUACUUAAAUGGGAUUAUUACAACCUUAAUCAACAUCUUCAAUAUCAGGAAAAUUGCAUAAACUGCUGGAAUCAAUAAAAUAAGAGUUGUGAUGAUCAAUACCAUGAUAAUCCAGUUGACAGGCUUGUAGCAGUGAGGAUUGGCAAAUCGGAGAAUGCACAAAUCACAAGGAAUUGAGUCACAAUUGUGAGUUUCAGUGCAUUCCACACUAAUUGACUUAAAACCUCUUCCAUCAGACCUGUAGAAUUUUACAUCAAACAUCGUUGUGUGGUAUAAGUUGUUUGGAAUCUCGUAUUUGACAUCAGAUCCUUUUCCUGGUAUUAUAGUGCAGUGCAUACCCAAACACAAGUGAAGAACGUCAAAGCUUAUGUCUCUCUCUAUGGUUACUGUUGUUCCUGAACAUGUAGCUUUGCAUGAACCACACUCUGAUGAAGGCAUGUCAGAGAUUGGAACUGUCACUUCCCACUCCACAGACGCAAUUGCAUCAACAGCAAUUCGAGCCGUGCCAAUUUGGACGUAUAAGUCUGACAAACUCUGAUUAUAGCCACACUGACAGUUUGCUGUUAGAAACGCUAGCCAAUAGGUUUCGCGGAUAGGUUUUUCAAGCAACGCUUUCAAUAUCAGAAGCGAAGGAGGAAUUUUAACAGAUCCACCUGGUUUAUGGAUGCCGGACGUCACCCGGUACCCUCCACCUACAGAACCAUCAAAAACUGGGCCAGGUGGGUCGUUGUUAUGACCUUGGUCAGACGGACCAGCUCCUCCUGCAUUAACCUGAGCAGGUGGGGCAUUGGCUGGAGGUUGCACAGCCUGGGGUGCGGCACCAGAGAGGGCUGGUGCACCCACCGCUUGAGGUUGUUGUGCAGGUUGUUAUUUUGCAACCCGAUCGCAAUAUCAUAAGCAAGAACAUUUGGAGAUUUCUCUGGAGACUUGACCCUGGUUGAACCGCUUCCUGAUUCUAUUUCUUACUAUUUCUGAGUUCUAAGUUCGUUUCUGACGCUUUCUAGAAUAAGACUAGUUGAGGAGCCUGGAUCAAUAAAUGCGAAAGUUUUUAACUGUUUUGCAGCCAUUAUUCAAAACGACUGGCAUAAUUUGAUAAUAGAGAUUGUCCUUUUUGUAGCAUAUCUACUAUACAGAUCUUAUUAUAAACCACACUAUCAGCUGGUUACACACAUGGUAACACACUUUGGAAAGCCAAAUCACACUAUUGCAGCACAUUUAUAACACAUUCAACAAAUCAGAUCUUAGCAACAAACAAUGUUUAGGUCUUUUUUUGUUGCAACCAUGAAUGAUACAUUGCGGCGUAAAGCAGCAAUUCCGGGUACUGUUGUUGGUUGGUGUCUAUACCACAAUUAGUACACAUUUUAUUACGAAUGCAAGUUUCAGUUUUCCGAUGGAGUGAGUGUUUUUAAAAAAGGUCUACCCAUACCCCACAUGAAGUGCUGUGAGCAAUUCUUUUAUGCUGACGAUGUUGCGUUUUCAUCCUCAGCGAAAAGUCCAAAAACAAUAAUUAGAAAUCUAAAUACUGCUCUGAAAAAAUAUAGCAAAUACUGCACAAAAUGGAAACUUAAAUUAAAUGGAAGCAAAUCUGAAGCUAUCUUCUUCACUAGGUAUACCUGUGCUCGGAAGCUUCCAAGUACUAAACUAACAAUUAACGAUUGUGAAAUUUCUUGGAAAAAUCAGACUAAAUGCCUAUGACUAAUACUAGAUAGACGAGUCUUGAUUUAAGUCUUGUAUUCAGCCAAGGGGUUUUCAAUUCCAAUUAUAUUUUUUCCCCUUAACCAAAUUGUUCCUUAAUUUAGCUUUUGUUAGACCGUAGACGUAGACCGGUUUGCAUCCAGAAUAUAUAGUACUUAUGCUGCUACUACUGCUGUGUAACCAGGACGUUUGACGAGGUUCGUGACGAAUUCGUUUGGGUUCAAACGAGCAAGUAUUAUUUUGGUCUCUAAAAGCGCUUUAUCUAGUUUGCACAUUUCGGUCAUUACUGUAGUGUACACGUCGUUCAACUUCUGUCCGAGAUAGUUUUCUACUAGCGUGAUUUUCGAGUUGAAAUAUGUAAACAAGUCGAGAUUUCUUCCAUCGACAGCCCUGCGUUUGAAUGGUGAUUGAUACCCAUUCAGUUUGAGGAAUAAAAAUCUUCGGGUGGUCGGUUAUGUAGCUGUUGAAAGCCGCAUAUUUGUGUAGCAUCCAGAGCUCUUAUCGAAAACAUGUUUUCUUUUGAUAUGAGUGUGUAUACCGUAUUAGCCCGUGAUUUGGAAUUAUUACUGUUGUCAAAGGUUUUGUUUACCGUACCUUCGUAGUUGAUUUCAAAGUCGUUGCGCUCGCAUUGUCUCGACAAGUCGACACUCCACGUAAGGUAGCAGUAUUCCGCAUCCAAACACCAACCCGUCGUGUAUUUACAGAUGAUCCCGUUACGCAGCGUUACCUGGUCGAUUUCGAUGUCCGCCGUGGCUGUCACUUGCGCUUUUACUGUUGUACGUCUCACAUUUAACUUCAUUUUACUUACUAUCUGCCCGUCGAUUGCAGAUUAUUGUCACGGUCGCCAUGUAAUGUGAUCGAACGUACGCAUCGAGCACCGUUUUUUCUGCGGGGGGGGGGUUGUUUUACUUACACGUGCCGAGGUGGAACGAGCUUAUCAAAGCAGACUAAUUAAACCCGGCAGUUGAUCGUCCAGGCGAUCAUAGAAACCCAGAAGAGGUUCCCCUUACUGGAAACUCGAAAUAAUUUGGGUAGGCGAAGAUUUUUAGGAAGUGUAACGUUCUCUCUUGGCAGUCCGAACGAAUCUGCGCUGUGGCGACCGGAAUUGGUUUUAUUUAUCGAUAAAAUAUAUUGGUUCGGUGCAAUUUCUUACAAAUUGGGUCGCUGUUUUGUUUGGUGGCUAUUACUUGUUUUUGUUUUGUAUUUUACUCGGUGCUAACAAACUUCUGGUUUCCGUGAGGUGUUUCUAUGUGGUUUUAAUUUACAAUGUGUCUGGGAGGGUGUGAGGUGUAUAUGCUACAGCAUUAUCCUAUUUUUUUGAUAUUAGAAAAAGUUUAACUCGGCUUAGAUCUUUGUUAGACGUUGUUGCUUCCUUCUAAUCCUAUAAUGCCUAUACUUACAUUUUCCAAUCCUUUAAAUUCCUAUCAGAACGAUAUUUAUCUAGAAAUUGUGGGAAAAAAACCCUUCUGCAAUGCAUGUCAUUAUUCUUAAACCAUUUUCUUGAAAAGUUGUUUGAUUGUUUAGUGUUUUCUUUUAAGAAAACUCGUAUUGGAACGAUUUUUGAUGGUGUUAGUACAUCCAGAUUUUUUCCCCCAAAAUAAGCCAAUUUCAUCACAGUAAAAUCUAUGUAUUGGCAUCAAAUCUACAACACUUGCACAGCACAUUUGUCAUCAAAGAAUCUCUUCCAAUUGGCAGUAAUUGGCAGGGGCAACUCUCCCCUUCAUGAUCAAGUAUCAAGAGCAAACUUUGCAGCAGGACAGGCACAAACCCUUAAUCAAACAAUCCAAGUAUAGCCGAAACACCGUCUCGUUUAUGACCAUUAUCGCUAUCCUAAAUAAAUGACAACCUCUUAAAGAAGCGACAAACGAAAUAAUCGUAACAUAUUCUGCAUACGCGCAUAACCUGGUGCAAUACAUAUAGCGUUCGUGGUGCAAGCGCAACCAAUGCGCAAGAACGUCAAAUUAUAAUGCGGCCUACACCACGCACGCCCUAGGUACGAAAUCAGUUGAAAUAACUAAACACUAAUGAAUAUCCAUCUAUUGGAAAGAAUCGAGAGUAGGCAAAUGCAGAUACACAUGAGCAAAAUGUCAAAUAGGCGCCAAAAAAGAACGAUAGCCAACAGGAAAUGCGUUCCGACGCUUUAGGUGCAAAUACGGUCAACAGGUAGGACAGGUACAUAGACUGUUAGAAUAAUUAGUUUAUAAGAAAAUAUUGUAGAAAUAAUAUUAGCUUUAGGUGCAAGUACGGUCAACAGAAAGGACAAGUACAGAAACUGUUAAAAUUAUUAGUUUAAAAGAAAAUAUUGGAGAAAUAAACAUCAUUUACUGUUUUGAAACCAUCAAGA